UCCUGAUAAUAAUUGUAAUUAUCAAAUGUAUUAUGAAAUGUGUGUUCAAUUUUGGAAGCAGCUUAUGUACAUUAAUUCCUCUCACUUUUGUAAUGUGGUGGGAGGGUUCUGUACCCUAUAUUAGCUUCAAUGAAAAGGGGAAGAGAAAUGAUGAGUUUGUGACUUUGAGGCAGAGGUUGGUGUUUGGGAGCUAUGCUGGAUGAGGCAGAGAUUGGGAUGAUGAGACUGAGGGGAGGAGGAGGGGCAGGUGCCAAUGGGAGGCAGAAGACGAUAGGGCCCUGGGCAGACAGGCGCCUUGGAGACUCUGAGAGGAGGGACUAUCAAGGCCGAGACUAGUUUCCACAGAGUCAGCAGGGGGAGGGAGUCAGAGCUUCCGGGGUGGUCAGGACCUAUGUCAGGAGCAUAUAAGUCUGGUGAUAUCUCAGCUGUGCCUCCCAUUACUACUGGCCCACAGGACAGCACUUUGAGGGGCAGGGAGCAGCACUGAAGGAUGAAAGAAGGAGAGAUGAAUGGUGACAAGGCCUAUUUCUGCACAGACAACCAAUGUGUUUCCCUGCAUCCCAGGGGCAUGGACUCUGACGCAGUGGGUCCUGCAGCCCCCAAGAUGCCGAGGCUUGCCCAGGCCGCCCUGGUAUUUCUGGCUGUGAUCAUCGUCUCCUUCCUUGUGGCUUUCAUUGUUGUGGUUCUACAGCACCCAAGACCUACACCAGAGGCAGAUCCAUCAUUCCAAGAGUUUCAAGAAGGGUACAGUACCACUGGACAGCUGCUUGUGGGCCCAGACAGUCCCUACCAUUCUGCCAGGGUGGCAGAUGUGCAAGAGGCUACCCAGAUGUUGAAAGGCUAUGUGGAGAACUUCAGCACUUGGGGUGUGGAGAUCCAGAUGUUGAAGUGCAGUAUGGUCAAUGUCAGUUCUCAGAUUCAGAUGCUCAGCAGUCACCUGGAGAAUGCCAGUGUUGACAUCCAGAUGGUAAAAGGAGAGCUAAAGGAUGCCAACUCCUUGAUUAUCCAGAUCCAGAUAUUAAGGAGUUCCUUACAGGGAGCCAGUGAUGAGAUCCAGAGGCUUAAUAGAGAUCUAGAAAAGGCAAAUGUUCUGAACUCCCAGACCCAGAGCUUCUUAAAAAGCAGUUCAGAAAGCACCAGCAUUGAGCUCCACAUACUAAGCAGAGGUUUAAAAAAUGCCAGCACUGACAUUCAGAUGUUAAAGGCAGGCUUGGAAAUGGCAAAUGCCCAGAUCUUGUUGGCAAACAGUAGUUUAAAAAAUGCUAAUGCUCAGAUCUACCUUUUGAGAGACAAUCUAAACAGUGUCAACAUUUUAAGGACCCAGAGCCAGGCUUUAAGAAGUAGUUUGGAAAGAGCCAAUGAUGAGAUCCAGAAGCUUAAGGGAGGUCUUCAAAAUGCAAAUGCUGCAAAUUCCCAGACUCAGACCUUUGUAAGAGGCAGCUUAGAGAAGAGCAGUGCUGAGAUUCAGUUGCUAAAACGUCAUUUAGAAAGGGCUGGUGAUGAGAUGCAUUCAUUAAAAACAGAUUUGGAAAAGGCUAUGGCCCAGAGCCAAAUGAUAAAUAACUGUCUGGAGCAGACAAAUGCUCAGGUUCAAGUAUUAAAAGCAGAGGUGAAAGUCACCAAUGCCUUAAAUUCUCAGAUCCAGGUAUUAAAUGGUCACUUGGAAAAUGCCAGCAGUGAGAUACAGACCCUAAAACGAGGAAUGAGGGAUACUGCAGCCUUAAAAGCUCAAACCCGGACCCUAGGAAGCAGCCUGCAGAAUGCCAGUGCUGAGAUCCAGAGGCUUAAGGGAGAUCUGGAAAAUGCAAAUGCUUUAAACUCCCAGACCCAGAGCUUCUUAAAAAGCAGUACAGAAAGCACCAGCAUUGAGCUCCACGUGCUAAGCAGAGGUUUAAAAAAUGCCAGCACUGACAUUCAGAUGUUAAAGGCAGGCUUGGAAAUGGCAAAUGCCCAGAUCUUGUUGGCAAAGAGUAACAGCUUAGAGAAGAGCAGUGCUGAGAUUCAGUUGCUAAAAGGUCGAUUGGAAAGGGCUGGUGAUGAGAUUCACUCCAUAAGAACAGAUUUGGAAAUGGCCACAGCCCUAUGCCAAAUGGCAAACAGCAGUCUGGAGCAGACAAAUGCUCAGGUUCAAGUAUUAAAAGCAGAGCUGAAAGUUGCCAAAGCCUUAAAUUCUCAGAUUAGGGUGUUAAAUGAUCACUUGAAAAACGCCAGCAGAGAAAUACAGACUCUAAAACGAGGAAUGAGGGAUACUGUGGCCUUAAAAGCUCAGACCCGGACCCUAGGAAGCAGCCUGCAGAAUGCCAGUGCUGAGAUCCAGAGGCUAAAAGGUGACUUAAAGAACACCAAAAACCUUACUGCCAAAAUCCAGGGGGAGCAGAGCCGCCUGGAGAUGCUCAGCACUGCCUUUGCUUCGCAGGAGCAGCUGCAAAAGACCCAAAAUCAACUUCUCCAGCUGAUCCUGCAAGGCUGGGUGGCCUACGGGAGGAGCUUGUAUUACUUUUCUAAUGACAAGAAGUAUUGGAAUGAGGCUGAGAAAUUCUGUGUGUCCCAGGGAGCCCACCUAGCAUCGGUGACGUCUGAGGAAGAGCAGGCUUUUCUGACAAAGUCCACAAGCACCUCUUACCACUGGAUUGGCCUCACUGAUAGAGGCAUGGAAGGCUCCUGGCGCUGGGCAGAUGGGACUCCAUUCAAUGCCAUCCAGAGCAGAGCGUUUUGGGAUAAAAAUCAGCCGGACAACUGGCUACACCACAAUGGGCAGACAGAGGACUGUGUUCACAUUCAGCAGAUGUGGAAUGACAUGUACUGUGAGGCCGCCUACCACUGGGUCUGCAAGAAGCCCAUCGGCCAGGGUGUGAUCUGAGGGCAGGGCAGGGGUGAGAGGUCUCCCUCUUCCAUAAAGCCUUGGGAGCCCCUGGACUCGAAUUGUCUACUGGGACAUUCCACUUGUCUUCUGUGUUUCCUGCCUUGUAGCCCAGAGGGGUCAUGGGCUCCACAAGGGAAGACCGUGUUGAACCUCUCUGAAUACCCUCAGCAACCAGCACAGGCCUGUCAGA